CAGCUGGAUGCUGAAUGACAGAGGGAAAGUGACAAAAAGGCAGUGUCAGUAUAGAGAGGACAUAGAUAGAUAGAUAGAUAGAUAGAUAUUGGAUCUGUACUCUCUCCCGUGGAGUACACUGCACAUUACCUGAGGACAUCCCCACAUUCUGUGCGCCCACGUUUGUCAACAGGAUCUGCCUAGCUGGAAUGCAUAGAUCUGAGUCAAAUUACUGCAGAGAGGAGACUACUCUGGGUCGAGGCGGUGGAAGUUCAUGGGUCCCUCCUCCGGCUGCUGCUCCUGAGCCCAGCCGAACCUCCAGCUCUCCUGUAGCUCAGGUCAGUCCUGCUCCGAGCCCACAGUCUGGAUAUGGCGGCUACAGCUCCUCUGAUGAGAAGCCUGGUGACCCCCGGAUCAGGCGCCCCAUGAACGCUUUUAUGGUGUGGGCCAAAGAUGAGAGGAAGAGACUGGCACAACAAAAUCCGGAUCUACACAAUGCUGUACUAAGCAAAAUGCUGGGUCAGUCCUGGAAGAGUCUGACCACCAUAGAGAAGCGCCCCUUUGUGGAGGAGGCAGAACGUCUGCGUGUUCAACAUCUUCAUGAUCACCCAAACUACAAAUACCGGCCACGUAGGAAGAAGCAGGCCAAGAAGAUGAAGAGAGUUGAGUCAUCACAAUUGCUGAGGCGUGAGGGAUUUACUGGAGGACACGCUCCUUCCAAUAUCAACCACUUCCGAGAACUGCAGCCUUUGGUUUCCAACGAACUGGAGAGUUUUGGGUUGCCAACUCCAGAAAUGUCUCCGUUGGAUGUUCUGGAGCAGGGUGAACCAGCCUUCUUUCCCCCUCACAUGCGGGAAGACAUGGAGCCCAUACACUUUAGAUCCUACCAGCAUGGCAUUGAAUAUGGCCAAGAGAAGGCCCUGAGGGAGCUGUCCAUACCAUACUCUCCCUCACCACCUCACAUGAGUAAUAUCCUUAGGACUCCACCGUCCACUGCAUUCUACUACACCCCUCAGGGUGGCCCUCCAACCUGCACUCCACUGGGCCAGCUCUCUCCACCUCCUGAAGCACCCCAGCUGGACACCAUGGAUCAUCUGAAUCCAUCUGAUCUAUGGGGAGAUGUUGACCGCAAUGAAUUUGACCAAUAUUUGAAUAUGAGCAGGACUCAGGUGUCCAUUCCUGGGUAUCACUUGCCUAUGACCAAGCUGGCUACUGCUAGGACUAUGCCCUGUGAAGAGAGCAGUCUGAUUUCUGCUCUCUCUGAUGCCAGCACCACUAUGUACUAUAGUCCUUGCAUCACAGGAUGACAUGACUCCUGAGUGAGCGCAAACAGCUGGUGUCUAUGGUGGCAGAUGGACACCAGUACGGGGCAGGCGCAGCCCCAGCUCAGUGUUCACCUGGGUGCCAAGUGCAGAUUAUCCCUGUGAUAUCGGGAUGUGGAAUGGGGUCAUUGGAGGACAACACUCUAGUGUCUUUUACUAGGGUACAAGGCAGCAGACAGUGUAAAGGAAUUAUACAGUGCCACUUUGCUUUCUGCAUUGGGUGUGCUGUAUUUAAGGGAAACUAGAAGUUAGUAAAUUAGAUUGUACAUAGUGAAUGUUGUAGGACGGAUUGUUAACCACAAGUUCACAUCUUAAGGUAGAAAGUGCAGCAAGUUGCAAAUAGAUGGGAUUGACCUUACACUGGGACCAUAUUAUACAGUAAUGUCUAUGGAGCAGAGCCCAGGAUUUUUUAAUUACAGGUGAUAGGUGCACUUUAAACUGAACCUCUGUACAUUUAUCCAUAUCAUACAUUGAUAAUAGGAUUUACAUUUGUUUUCUGCUACUAUGUGUAUUAAUAUAUUUCUUAAACAGUAGACUGAGACUGAAACUAGUGAUGCCACCACAUGAGAUGCCCAUGCCAUUUUAUUUUAGCUAGGUAAUACCUGUUGGUCUCCUCAUCUGCCUAACUUCCCAGUUCACCCAUGAACAUACAUAUGAUAGCAAUAGUGGACUAUCGCCAUUUGUCAGAAGGUAUGACAAGAUUACUCCCCAAUCCAUCGAGGUUCAUUGAGAAGCUCUGCUGUAUCUAUGACGCACAUUUGCACCAUACUGCAACUUUUUUGAAAGUCUAAGCCCUAGUCAGCAGGACUAAAACAGCUGCCAUACUUUCCACAAAAGACCUUGACAAGCAGAGGUGUACAUUGAUCUACCUGGGUUCCAAAAUAAAACUGUUAAAAUAAACUAUCAUGUGCCAUGUCUAACUGUGACCAAGAAGGCAUUGGGCACCUAUUGUCCCAUGGCCUAGGACCGACUUCAAUUGUUGCACCCCUAUAAUUACGUUCUGUUGACAGGCAUCCAGACCUUCUGGUUUAGGGUUAUCAUGUUGAAACAAUAUUGAGACUCUUUGAAAACAUAGAAGCAGAAAUAAAGCUUUUUAAAAAUCCUUUUAUCAAUUGUAGGCUAUAAAUUCCAAAAAGAUUGUGUGAUCAAGGAUGGAGGUGCUGUCUUGACUGUCUGCUUGCCCGAGCUUCUGAAAAUAAUACAGCCAGAUGUAGCCUUACAGUCCAUGAUACUGUGCCCAGUCCUGGAUCACCCUCCAGGGCUGCAAUUUUAAGUGACCCACGGACUUGUCCCUGACCAUAGAGUUCGAACCCCGAGAACAGCAGGUCCAUUUAACCCCCUAGCUGCCGGGAUUCUGGGUAACAUGUUGCACUGGCCUCUCCCGUGUCCUGAGAGGUUCAAUAAGUAUUGUAUUCCAUGUUAUAACAUGUCUGUUUUUUUACAUUUGUAUACCAUUUAAAAGCUGUCAAUGUAACAUUUUUUUUAACGAGGAUUUGACUGGAUGGGUAUUUUUUAUGAUUGACAAAAAGUUACACAAAGGCCUAAAGCACAUGUAAAAAUCUAUAUGACACAAUCUAUAGAACUCAUAUGUGAUCCAUGAGAUCUGGAAAGGUUCUGAACAUCAUACCUACAGUUUUGGAAAGCAACAGACAGAAAAAAAACUAUACUAUAUUAAAAAUACACUGUACUGAUACAUAGAACUACAAUAUAUGUACACAAGACACUAUACACAUUGCAUACACAGAUACAAACCUACAGUAUGCAGACACAUACACACAAAAAUACAGUAUACACUCCUGCAUUUUUUACACACACGCACAAUACACGUAUUCACUACACGCUAUAGGCAACUAAGCCAGUUUUUCUUUACAUCAGUGUUUAGACAAAUCUACCCCCUGAGCUACUGUAUAUAUAUAUAUAUAUAUACUUACAUGCAUACACAUAUAUAUAUAUAUAUAUAUAUAUAUAUAUAUAUAUCUAUAUAUACCUACAGUAUAUGUUCUACAUACACUUACAGUAUAUUCACAUUCAUACUGUACAUAUAUAUAUAUAUAUAUAUAUUUAUACAUACAUACACAUAUUAGAAACACAAAAAUAUCCCCCUACAAUUCCCCAUCUAUACCUGGAUACAUUUACAUAGACCACAUAUAAAUGGACCACUUUUCAAUGCAUUUUGGAGUGGUCGCCUUGCAGAGGUUUCACUGUACAUACAUACAUAUACACGCAUACCGGCAAUCACACGGUAUCUCAAUAUCAUUGCAUUAGGUGAAAUAUUUAGACUAAUCCUCUACGAGCAAUCAGCCAUUUGCUUCCAUAGUCUAGACUCUAUACGUUUAGGAACGAGGGCCCAUGGUGCAGGCACUCGACCACUACACGCCAGGUAUAAUCACUCACCAGGCGAACCCUCGGCCCACCAGUAGCUUACACUACAGUACGUCAUGCAUUUGUAUGCCAGCCAUUAAUUCUGUAUUUUGUAAAAUUGAGUCCUUCAUGUGCUCGGCCAAUAUAAGCUAACUUCUCAUUGGUUAUUGAUUGUAAUACCCUGAUUGUUGAUUCGUUGGCAUGACCUGGUGCAAAUUUGCAAUAAAUCAGUUAAUAAAC